ACGACUUCGUGGUUUGACUGCAUCUCAAUUCUCAGAAACUCGAACGAAAUCACCCUGAUUCUACGACCGUCAAGAUGUCUAAACGAGGUCGCGGUGGUGCCUCUGGCAACAAGCUCAAGAUGACUCUCGGUCUUCCUGUAGGAGCGGUCAUGUCAUGCGCAGACAACUCCGGUGCACGAAACCUUUAUAUUAUUUCGGUCAAGGGUAUCGGCGCCCGACUGAACCGACUGCCUGCCGCCGGUGUUGGUGACAUGGUCAUGGCAACCGUCAAGAAGGGAAAGCCUGAACUCAGAAAGAAAGUCAUGCCGGCCGUGGUGGUACGACAAUCGAAACCUUGGAGACGAGCCGAUGGAAUCUACCUCUACUUCGAAGACAACGCGGGUGUUAUCGUUAACCCCAAGGGCGAAAUGAAGGGCAGUGCUAUCACUGGGCCAGUCGGAAAAGAGGCGGCUGAGCUGUGGCCCAGAAUAGCCAGCAAUAGCGGUGUUGUCAUGUGAGCAGGCAAAAGACACGGAGUUUGGGACAAUGGAAACUGCUGUAUCUAUCACAAGAUGCGGGCUGCAUGCUUACUUGGCGAGAGUGAAGCUAUGAAGUAUGCAUAGGCCACUCAGGUCAAUGAUACCAUGAACAACUCAAUACUCGAUUCCUCCGUUUGGACAUUGGUCAUGCGAGGCAGGAAACCUAGAACGUCGGGCUGCUGAAAUGGAUGUCCAGCCGUAUUCACGCCCGACAGUGCUUGACCAAUUCGACGUCAUCGAUCUUUGUGCGUA